GGCGGGGGGCGGUAGCAGCGGCAGCCGCCUGGCUGGCUGGUGUGUUGCUCGGCUUCUGCGGACGCGCUCGGGAACUAUCGGAUUAAACUUGAAUCGAGUGAAAUUACACAAAGGAGGGAAGCGGAUCCGGGACCCGGUGGAAACCUCGAGGACCCUCAGUGACCCCCUCGCCGGCCCGGAUCAGGGGUAUCCGCCCGCCUCCCUUUGACCGCCCGGCCGAAACCAACUCCCGGUGCGUGUGCGCCUGUGUGGGUCUCUUCUCUCAGCGCUUGUUUGUUUGUUUGUUUGUGGGGGAGAGGCGCUCCCGGGCGCUCCCGGCUCCCCCCUUCACCCCUGCUCCGCUUUCGAGGACGGCGCCGAGCCCAUCCUGACCCGAUCAUCCACUGUAACGGAGACAAAAAAUCAUAGUGACUAUGACCCUAGCAGCAUGGGUAGCUGAUUUAUCCCAAUUAUAAAUCCAGUUAGUUUGCAGUAAUGUGACUGGUAACAAGCUGCCUGACACUCCGUGGUCCACAACGUUAAGGAAAUAUGGAAUGACAUGACGGCAAUUAGUUGAGGAUUAAGGCUCUGAAGACAAACACCUUGGUGAGGUGAAGCACAAACUAGUAUUCUAGUUAUAAGGCACUGCAUGCUGGAACAAAGAUGGCAGAUCCAGGAAUGAUGAGUCUGUUUGGAGAAGAUGGGAAUAUUUUCAGUGAAGGACUGGAAGGCCUAGGUGAUUGUGGAUAUCCUGAAAACUCAGUAAACUCUAUGGGGCCACAAAUGCCUAUUGAUCAAGGAUUUCCCUCACUACAGUCAUCCCUUCAUCAUCCUACAACCAGUCAAAAUCAAGCAAAGUUGACCCACUUCGAUCACUAUAAUCAGUAUGAGCAGCAGAAAAUGCAUUUAAUGGAUCAGCCCAACAGAAUGAUGAGCAGUGCACCUGGCAAUGGCAUAGCCUCUCCUCAUUCACAAUAUCACAAUCCUCCAGUCCCCCAUGGUGGAGGCACUGGUAGUCAGAUGGGAGUCUAUCCUGGUAUGCAGAAUGAAAGACAUGGACAACCCUUUGUAGAUGGCAGCUCUAUGUGGGGGCCAAGGGCAGUACAUGUGCCAGACCAGAUAAGAGCACCAUACCAGCAGCAGCAACCACCAACUGCCCAGCCACCACCAACAACAUCGGGACCACCUGGACAGGGACAUCCUCAGCACAUGCAGCAAUUGGGAAAUUACAUGGCUCGUGGUGACUUUUCAAUACAGCAGCACAGUCAACCCCAGCAACAGAGGAUAAAUCAAUUUUCUCAAAGCCAGGAAGGUCUUAAUCAGGGAAAUCCUUUCAUUACCACCUCAGGACCUGGCCACAUGUCUCAUGUGCCCCAACAGAAUCCAAGCAUUGGGCCGCCUUUACGUCAUUCAGUGCAACAGUUUCAUCAUCAUCCCCCCACUGCUCUCCAUGGAGAAUCAGUAGCCCACAGUCCCAGAUUCUCUCCCAACCCUCCUCAACAGGGUGCUGUUAGGCCGCAAACACUUAAUUUUAGUUCUCGGGGCCAGACAGUACCUUCACCUACUAUAAACAGCUCAGGGCAGUAUUCUCGUUAUCCUUACAGUAACCUAAAUCAGGGAUUAGUAAACAAUACAGGGAUGAAUCAGAAUUUAGGCCUUACAAAUAACACUCCAAUGAAUCAGUCUGUACCAAGGUACCCAAAUGCCGUAGGGUUUCCAGCUAACAGUAGUCAAGGACUAAUACACCAGCAGCCCCUUCACCCUAGUGGCUCACUUAACCAAAUGAAUACUCAAGCUAUGCACCCAUCACAGCCUCAGGGAACUUACGCUUCUCCACCUCCCAUGUCACCUAUGAAAGCAAUGAGUAAUCCAGCAGGUACUCCUCCACCACAGGUCAGGCCUGGUAGUGCUGGAAUACCAAUGGAAGUUGGCAGUUAUCCAAAUAUACCCCAUCCUCAGCCAUCUCACCAGCCACCUAGUGCCAUGGGAAUUGGACAGAGGAGUAUGGGCCCUCGGAAUAUACAACAGAAUCGGCCAUUCAUGGGUAUGUCUUCAGCACCACGGGAAAUGGGUGGUCACAUGAGACCAAAUGGCUGUCCAGGUGUUAGCCUUGCUGAUCCACAAGCAAUACAAGAACGAUUAAUAUCUGGUCAGCAGCAUCCCAGUCAGUCAUCUUUUCAACAGCAAAUGCCAACAUGUCCUCCCAUGCAGCCUCAUCCAGGAAUUCAUCAUCAGUCUUCACCACCACCACAUUCUCACCAUCAGCCUUGGGCACAACUUCACCAAUCACCACAGAACACACCGCAAAAAGUGCCUGUCCUUCAGCAUUCUCCAUCAGAGCCCUUCCUAGAAAAACCAGUGCCAGACAUGUCUCAGGUUAGUGGACCGAAUGCCCAGCUACUGAAAAGUGAUGAUUACCUUCCUUCAAUUGAGCUGCAACCACAGCAGAAGAAAAAGAAGAAGAAAAACAAUCAUAUUGUUGCAGAAGGUCCCAGUAAAGGAUUUAGUAAGGAAGGCUUUCCUGGUGGGCCUGAUAACCAGGAUCCUACCAGAAAAGCCCUAGAAUGUUCCCAGGAAGAAAAAAAGAAAAAGAAGAAACCUAAGGUGAAAAAGGACCCGAAGGAUCUGAAAGAACCCAAGGAGAAGAAGGAGCCUAAGGAACCCAAGACUCCCAAAACCCCCAAGAUCCCCAAAGAGCCAAAGGAGAAGAAAGCAAAACAUACCACGCCAAAACCCAAGACCAGCAAAAAAGCAAGUAACAAGAAACCAGAAUCAGAAUCUAGUGCAGUGAAGAAAAAGGUCAACAAGGGAAAGGAAGGUUCUGAAAACUCAGAUGUGGAAAAAACACCACUAGGAUCGCCACAUCCUGAAGAAGAUGAUGAUGCAGGAGUUCAGAAGAGGCGUUCAAGCAGACAGGUUAAAAGAAAACGUUAUACAGAAGACUUGGAAUUCAAGAUUUCUGAUGAAGAAGUUGAUGAUGCAGAUGGUGCUGGAAGAAACUCCCCUUCAAAUAACUCUCAGUCCGAGCAACAGGAAUCUUCUGAUGCUGAAGGUCCCGUAGUAGAAAAAAUUUUGAGUAGCCGCAUAAUCAAGAAACAGAUGGAGAAUGGAGAAGAAACAGAAUCAGAAGAAUUCUAUGUAAAAUACAAAAACUUCUCUUACCUCCACUGUCAAUGGGCAUCUGUGGAAGUACUGGACAAAGACAGGAGAAUUCAACAGAAGAUUAAAAGAUUUAAAGCAAAGCAGGCUCAAAAUAAGUUCCUUUCAGAGAUAGAUGAUGAACUUUUUAAUCCUGAUUAUGUUGAAGUUGAUCGAAUAAUGGAUAUUUCACAUAGCAAGGAUGAUAAUGGAGAGCCUGUGACUCAUUAUUUGGUGAAAUGGUGUUCACUUCCAUAUGAAGACAGCACAUGGGAAUUAAAGCAAGACAUAGAUCAAGCUAAGAUUGAAGAAUAUGAGAGACUAGUGGCUAGGGAGCCAGAAACAGAACGUGUGGAGCGACCUCCUGCUGAUGACUGGAAGAAAUCAGAAUGUUCCAGAGAAUAUAAAAACAACAACAAACUCAGGGAAUACCAGUUGGAAGGAGUAAACUGGCUUCUUUUCAACUGGUACAACACGCGCAACUGCAUUUUAGCAGAUGAAAUGGGAUUGGGAAAAACUAUCCAGUCCAUUACAUUUCUCUAUGAGAUAUACUUAAAAGGAAUCCAUGGUCCAUUUUUGGUUAUUGCCCCAUUGUCUACAAUCCCCAAUUGGGAAAGAGAAUUCCGUACUUGGACAGAGUUGAAUGUUGUGGUGUAUCAUGGGAGCCAAGCCAGUCGAAGGACAAUUCAGUCAUAUGAAAUGUACUUCAAAGACCCACAGGGUCGUGUAAUUAAAGGAUCAUACAAAUUUCAUGCCAUCAUUACAACAUUUGAAAUGAUUUUGACUGAUUGUCCUGAGCUCCGUAACAUUCCAUGGCGUUGUGUGAUCAUUGAUGAAGCUCACAGGCUGAAGAACAGAAAUUGUAAGCUGCUAGAAGGGCUCAAAAUGAUGGACCUGGAACACAAGGUGCUUCUAACAGGUACUCCUUUGCAAAACACUGUAGAAGAGCUUUUUAGCUUGCUCCAUUUCUUGGAACCAAGUCGUUUUCCUUCAGAAACCACUUUCAUGCAAGAGUUUGGUGAUCUAAAAACUGAGGAACAGGUUCAAAAACUCCAAGCAAUCUUAAAACCAAUGAUGUUGAGAAGGCUCAAAGAAGAUGUGGAGAAGAACCUGGCACCCAAGGAAGAAACUAUUAUUGAAGUUGAAUUGACAAACAUUCAGAAAAAAUACUACAGAGCUAUUCUUGAAAAGAAUUUCACAUUUUUGUCAAAAGGAGGUGGUCAAGCAAAUGUUCCUAAUCUGUUAAACACUAUGAUGGAAUUGAGAAAAUGUUGCAACCAUCCAUACCUUAUAAAUGGUGCUGAAGAGAAAAUUUUGGAAGAGUUUAAAGAAACACACAAUCCUGACUCUCCAGAUUUUCAGCUCCAGGCAAUGAUCCAGGCUGCUGGCAAGCUAGUACUGAUUGACAAGUUGCUGCCAAAAUUGAAGGCUGGUGGCCACAGGGUGCUUAUCUUUUCCCAGAUGGUGCGCUGCUUGGACAUACUGGAAGACUACCUCAUUCAAAGACGGUAUCCUUAUGAACGAAUUGAUGGCAGAGUGAGAGGCAACCUUCGUCAAGCAGCUAUUGAUAGGUUUUCCAGACCUGAUUCUGACAGAUUUGUUUUUCUACUAUGCACAAGAGCAGGUGGCUUGGGGAUUAAUCUUACUGCUGCUGAUACCUGCAUCAUUUUUGAUUCAGAUUGGAAUCCUCAAAAUGAUCUUCAGGCUCAGGCUCGAUGUCACAGGAUAGGACAGAGCAAAUCAGUGAAAAUCUACAGAUUAAUAACAAGGAAUUCUUAUGAAAGGGAAAUGUUUGAUAAAGCAAGCUUAAAACUUGGUCUUGAUAAAGCUGUGCUUCAAUCCAUGAGCGGAAGAGAAAAUGCUACAAAUGGGGUUCAGCAGCUUUCCAAAAAAGAAAUAGAGGAUCUUUUGAGGAAAGGAGCUUAUGGUGCUUUAAUGGAUGAAGAAGAUGAAGGGUCCAAAUUCUGUGAAGAGGAUAUAGAUCAAAUUCUUUUGAGGCGAACACACACAAUCACAAUUGAGUCUGAGGGAAAAGGCUCCACAUUUGCAAAGGCUAGUUUUGUUGCAUCUGGUAACAGAACAGAUAUUUCUUUAGAUGAUCCUAAUUUCUGGCAGAAGUGGGCAAAAAAAGCCGAACUUGACAUUGAAGCCUUAAAUGGAAGGAACAAUCUAGUUAUUGAUACUCCAAGAAUAAGAAAGCAAACUAGAUUAUACAGUGCAGUCAAAGAAGAUGAACUGAUGGAAUUUUCAGACCUCGAAAGUGAUUCUGAAGAAAAACCUAGUAUAAAACUUCGUAGGCCACAGGACAAAUCCCAGGGAUAUGCAAGGAGUGAAUGUUUUAGAGUAGAAAAAAAUCUUUUGGUCUAUGGUUGGGGACGAUGGACUGAUAUCCUUCUACAUGGACGCUAUAAGCGUCAGCUAACUGAGCAAGAUGUGGAAACUAUCUGCCGAACUAUCCUUGUAUAUUGUCUCAAUCAUUACAAAGGAGAUGAGAACAUCAAAAGUUUUAUCUGGGAUUUGAUUACUCCAACUGCAGAUGGACAAACUCGGGCCUUAGUUAAUCAUUCUGGCUUGUCUGCACCAGUGCCCCGGGGGAGAAAAGGCAAAAAAGUAAAAGCUCAGAGUUCACAACCAGUGCUACAGAAUGCUGACUGGCUAGCCAGCUGUAAUCCAGAUGCCUUGUUUCAGGAGGACAGCUAUAAGAAACAUCUCAAACAUCACUGUAAUAAGGUCCUGCUGCGUGUCCGCAUGCUGUACUAUCUGAGGCAAGAAGUUAUAGGGGACCAAGCUGACAAGAUCUUAGAGGGUUCUGAUUCAAGUGAGAUUGAUAUUUGGAUUCCUGAACCAUUUCAUGCUGAAGUUCCUACAGACUGGUGGGAUAAGGAAGCAGAUAAAUCUCUUUUAAUUGGAGUGUUCAAACAUGGUUAUGAGAAGUACAAUUCUAUGAGAGCAGACUCUACUCUGUGUUUUCUGGAACGGGUUGGCAUGCCUGAUGCCAAGGCCAUUGCUGCUGAGCAGAGAGGGACAGAUCUAUUAACAGAUGGUGGUGAUGGAGGUGAUUUUGAUAGAGAAGAUGAAGACCCAGAAUAUAAACCAACCAGAAUUCCAUUCAAGGAUGAAAUUGAUGAAUUUGCAAAUUCACCUUCUGACAAGGAAGAAUCCAUAGAGCUCCAUGCAGGCAAGCACAGUGAAAAUAGUGCUGAUUUUGGUCAACUCUACUGGCCAAACACUUCAACCCUGACUACUCGCUUGCGCCGCCUCAUUACUGCCUAUCAACGUAGCUAUAAAAGGCAACAAAUGAGGCAAGAAGCUCUAAUGAAGACUGACCGGCGUCGACGGCGACCUCGUGAAGAAGUGAGAGCACUGGAAGCAGAAAGAGAAGCUAUAAUAACAGAAAAACGUCAAAAGUGGACAAGAAGAGAGGAAGCAGAUUUUUAUCGUGUUGUGUCUACUUUUGGAGUUAUUUUUGAACCUAUAAAGCAACAGUUUGAUUGGAACCAGUUCAGAGCCUUUGCCAGACUUGAUAAGAAAUCUGACGAAAGUUUGGAGAAGUACUUCAGUUGUUUUGUAGCUAUGUGUAGGCGAGUGUGUCGAAUGCCAGCCAAACCAGAUGAAGAACCUCCUGAUCUUUCUACUGUGAUUGAGCCUAUCACGGAAGAACGUGCUUCUCGAACUUUAUAUCGUAUAGAACUCUUGCGGAAAGUUCGAGAACAGGUUCUCCAUCACCCACUAUUGGCAGAGAGGCUAAAAUUGUGUCAGCCAAGUUUGGAUUUACCAGAAUGGUGGGAAUGUGGCAAACAUGAUAAAGAUUUAUUGAUUGGAGCUGCUAAACAUGGAGUCAGCAGGACAGAUUAUCAUAUCCUGAAUGAUCCUGAACUUUCUUUUCUUGAUUCUCAUAAAAAUUUUGCUCAAAAUAGAGGUGGUGGUAAUCUGACUACCAUAUCUCUAUUAAAUCCACUGGGUGUUUGCUGUAGUCAGUCAAUGUCUAUUAUCCCAACCUCACUAGUACAAGAUGAAAAAUCUGGAGAACAAGUUGAGGUUAAACUGGAAGGUGCUGAAAAAAUACCAGCCAAAGAAAAGUCUGGCAGUAAAGAGGAGGAGGAAGCAGCAGAUGUUGCAGUAAAAAGUGAUAAGGAGGAGGCUGAGGCUGCUCCUGUUAAAUGUGAAAUAAAGGACAUAGAACUGAGUACAGAAGUUGAUCCUAAAUCAAUUUCUGAGAAAGGUUCAGAAGAUGAUGAAGAAGAAAAACUUGAUGAUGAUGACAAGUCAGAAGAAUCUUCCCAACCUGAAGCAGGAAUGAUUUCUCGGGGUAAGAAUUUUGAUGAAGAAAGCAAUGCAUCCCUGAGCACUGCAAGGGAUGAAACGCGUGAUGGAUUUUAUAUGGAAGAUGGAGACCCAUCAGUAGCCCAGCUGCUUCAUGAAAGAACAUUUGCUUUUUCUUUUUGGCCUAAGGAUCGAGUAAUGAUCAACCGAUUAGACAACAUCUGUGAAGCAGUGCUGAAGGGAAAGUGGCCAAUAAAUAGACGCCAGAUGUUUGAUUUCCAGGGGCUUAUACCUGGGUAUACACCAGCAGCUGUGGACAGCCCAUUACAGAAAAGAAGCUUUGCUGAACUCUCCAUGGUUGGUCAGGCCAGCAUCAGUGGCAGUGAAGAUGUCUCCAUAUCUCCUCAGUUAUCUAAGGAAGAUGUACUCAAUUUAUCAGUUCCACGCCAGCGGAGGAGGCGGAGGAGGAAGAUUGAAAUUGAGGCCGAAAGGGCAGCCAAGAGGAGAAAUUUAAUGGAAAUGGUUGCCCAAUUGCGAGAAUCACAGAUUGUCUCAGAAAAUGGGCAAGAAAAAAUUGUAGACUUAUCAAAGGCCUCACGGGAGGCAACAAGUUCUACCUCAACUUUUUCAGCUGUUCCUUCAAAGUUUCUGUUAUCUUCUGUUUCAACACCAGUGUCUGAUGCCUUUAAAACUCAAAUGGAGCUGCUACAAGCAGGCCUCUCUCGCACACCGACAAGACAUCUGCUAAAUGGUUCCUUAAUUGAUGUAGAGCCACCCAUGAAAAGGAGAAGAGGAAGAAGGAAAAAUGUAGAAGGUCUUGAUCUUUUAUUUAUAAGCAGCAAGCAAGCAUCACUGACAGCAGAGGAUGCAGAAGUGACCAAAGUGUUUGAUGAAGAAAUGGAACCUCCUCCACCAAGAAACAUUCCAUCUCCUGGGCAACUGGAUCCUGACACUCAUAUUCCUGUCAUUAAUAUGGAAGAUGGGACCAGACUAGUGGGAGAGGAUGCACCUAAAAACAAGGAUUUAGUUGAAUGGCUUAAAUUGCAUCCCAUGUAUACUGUUGAUAUGCCAAGUUAUGUACCAAAGAGUGCAGAUGUGCUGUUUUCCCCAUUUCAGAAACCGAAGCAAAAACGGCACAGAUGUCGAAAUCCUAAUAAAUUGGAUAUAAACACCUUAACUGGAGAAGAAAGGGUUCCUGUUGUAAAUAAACGGAAUGGGAAAAAGAUGGGUGGUGCUAUGGCCCCACCAAUGAAGGACUUGCCAAGAUGGCUGGAAGAAAAUCCGGAAUUUGCUGUUGCUCCAGAUUGGACUGACAUUGUUAAGCAGUCUGGUUUUGUUCCAGAAUCCAUGUUUGACCGUCUUCUCACAGGUCCCGUUGUGCGGGAAGAGGGUGCAAGCAGAAGAGGGAGAAGGCCAAAAAGUGAAAUUGCCAAAGCAGCUGCAGCAGCUGCUGCUGUAGCUUCAACAUCGGGAAUUAACCCACUGAUAAUGAACAGUCUGUUCGCUGGAAUGGAUCUCGCAAGCCUUCAGAAUUUACAAAACCUCCAAUCUCUCCAACUUGCAGGUCUCAUGGGCUUCCCUCCAGGACUAGCGACAGCUGCUGCUGCUGCUGGAGGUGAUUCUAAAAAUCCAGCUGCUAUGCUGCCUCUGAUGUUGCCAGGUAUGGCAGGGUUGCCCAAUAUGUUUGGACUGAGUGGAUUGUUGAAUAACCCAAUAACAGCUGCUUCUGGAAACACCACUAUGGCUUCCAGUCAAGGAGAAAGUGAAGAUGGCACUUCAAAAGUAGAAGAAAAGAAGAAUGAGAAUGAAGAGGAGAACAAAGACUCUGAGAAAAGCACAGACAUUGUUUCAGCUACUGACUCUGCAAAUGGAUCUGUUGGUGCAACUGCUGCUGCGGCCUCUGCUACCACCACAAGCAACACUGGAUUGCCUGCCAACCCUCUAACCUUCAAUCCUUUCCUUCUGUCAACGAUGGCCCCUGGCCUGUUUUACCCUUCUAUGUUUCUACCUCCAGGAUUGGGAGGAUUGACACUACCUGGUUUCCCAGCAUUAGCGGGACUUCAGAAUGCAGUGGGCUCCAGUGAUGUGAAGGUUACUGAUAAAACUGAAGGAUCUGCCUUUAAAGAUGAAGAAAAUCUAGAGGGCAGUGAUGCAGAGGAGAGCCUUGAUAAAACUGCAGAUUCCUCUGCUUUAGAAGAUGAAAUAGCACAGGGUGAAGAAUUAGACUCACUUGAUGGGGGGGAUGAAAUAGAAAACCAUGAAAAUGAUGAUUAAGCAGUACAAGUUACUGUUCAAGUGUUUUAAACUUUUGACAAGUGGUAGUCCUACUGUUUACACUCACAGUUAAUGUCCAUACUUAGUUUUAUAAGCUGUUCUGUAACAUAGUGUAGCAAACAAAAAGUUCAAGUCAUGUUAUACAGAUGAGUCAAAAGGUAUCUUGGUCAUUAAGUAUUGUGCAGUGCAUUAUUUAUUAUCCCUAGAAGAGAUGAAAUGGAGAGGUGAUCAUAUCUUUUUAAGGAAAUUGACAUAAUGCUCUGCUUUUUUUUUUCCUUUGGUACCAUUGGUAUUAUAAAGCAGCAAUUUGUAAUAGAGUGGCACUAAAUAGAAGGAAGUGCUGCUGAAAGGAAGUAUGAAGUUAUAUAUUUAAUUAUUAAUUUUUAAUUUUUGCUGUGAAGGUCAAGAUGAAUUUUAACAUACAUAUCAUUCUUACAUAUCAUUUUGACUGUAUGGAAGUUCACUCGUGCACAUAUGUGCACAUGCACACACACACAUAUAUACACACAUUCUCUGACAAUCUCCAUGAUAGUGUGAAUGUCUCUCUGUCUUGAGAUACAGCAAUAAUAAGGCAGCUGUUGAAUGUGAAGAGUACCUUUUGGAAAUUGCCCACUGAAAAGGUUCUUGCAGGAUAAAACUACAGUUAAAUCGUCUCGUGAUUUUGUAAUGCACUGGUAAAACAAUUUUUUUUAAAAAUCAGGUACCUUUUUAAAUUAAAGGACUUUGUUACUUUAGCCACAAAGCUAAACAGAUUACCUCAACUCUAAAGUAGCCUUGAAGUUUACAGACAUGACUUUGUAAAUGUAUUUGUUUUUCUUUUUUGUGAUGUCUUUUUAUUCCCCCCCCCACCUUGGAAAUUGCUAUCAUGUAAGAUAAGAUGUAAAUUGCUGCCAACUGUAGUAAUGAUGCUUUUAAUAAAAGUGACUCAUGAUAUGUAAGGUGUAAUUCAUAGAAUAUAGUGAUCAGAA